AUGUCCCUUACAGAAAUAGACCGAGUAGGCGGAACCCACUUGAUGGGCCCACAGACCUCCGUCGCCGGAGAAGAACCCCAUAGGGAGGUGUCGCGAGCAUCUUCAACUUCAUCUUCAUCAACAACACCUAGCCCAGCCAAGCUGGAAGGUGCUGCUAACGACGACUUACUAGAUGAUAAGGAAAGCAAUGGAUCCAGGAAAAGGAUCCCUAAGGGAAGAGUGUUUCAGUGCACUGGUUAUCCAGACUGUAGCAUGUCAUUCACAAGGUCCGAGCAUUUGGCUAGACAUAAAAGGAAGCACACUGGUGAAAGGCCUUUCACUUGUCCACAUUGCUCAAAGAACUUUUCAAGGUUGGAUAACUUGAGGCAGCAUAAACAAACAGUUCACGCGUACGAGAUAUUCAGCGUACACGAACAGAAGGAAAACCAGAAUCAUCAGCAGCUUGGUCAACAGGGCCAGCACCUGCUCCAACAUCAACAUCAACAUCAACACCAGUAUUCUAGCCACCAGCCAGCUCACCACCAAUCACAAGUGCACCAACACCAGUCAAUACACCAGCACCACAUACCUCCCCCUCCUGCUCCAAUUCCAAUAGGAAGCCAAAUGACCUCACAUCACAUUAUGGUGCCUUCCUCCCGUCUCGUUUUACCAGAAAAGCUGUCCAAUCCCGAAACUCCAAAUACCACUGUGUUCCUGUCCGGUUCAAAUAUACCAUCGAGUAGCUCUUCCGUCGGUAGCAAUCACCAAUAUUCCGGUACUGCCAAUUCCCCAAUUUCAUAUUACAGCACCUACAUGCACCAUCCGCUUAAUUCGUCUUCCUCGGCCACUUCGUCCAAUGGGAUAAUUAAGCCGCUCUCUGAUAUCAGAUCUAGGAAUAAGAGGAGACCAAGACCGUUAUCCUUACUGCAUUCAUUCUACGGACCAUCACCACAACCGUCUGCUACGUCUUCACUGACUUUGCUUCUGCUGCAGUACAUAGUACCACCAUUAAAAUCAGCUCCUUUGAUUGCCUCUAACAAAACCAUAAUAUAUGGGCCAAAAUCUGCUUCCCUAACUCCAAAUAUGAUAUCCCCCUUGCUGCCGCUUUUCCAUCAUCUGUUUAGUCAAACCAUUCAGAGUCCAUAUCAGAUGAACUCCUUUCUGAUCCCCACAUCCGCUGGUGGAAAUAGUAAUGGAAGUAGCGGUAACAAUCUGACUACAACUUUACCCCCGGUGACUGGUUCACAUUUCAGCAUUCCUUCAGCAAUACAGUUAACUCCAGUUCAGGUGAACAAAAGGAAGAAUUCGUUUACAUCUACUAAUCCAUCAGGAUUGGGCUUGGGUAUGAGUUCUGGUUCUGGUUCUGGUUCUGGACAUGGGUCAGUCUCGUCCAACUCUUCAAUAACUCCUCCGCUUGUAGCACCAAUUGAAUCUUCCAAUUCUGGCAAAACUGAAUAUGGAAAUGGUACAUCUAAGCAGUGGUUGAGAGGGGUUUUGAAUGAAGAGCCAGCUCCAAGUAAGCUUCUGGCUCCAGUUCAGCUUGAAUCCAAGAAACCAACAAUCAACCUGCUUUUAUCACCGUAUUAG